AAAAAAGGCUGAAGAAGAGGAGGAGACGGAAGAGGAGGAGGAGGGAGAGGUGUGGGACCUCGUGUAUGUCAAGUGGAAUUCAAGUCCAGGGUGCUGAGCAGGCAGAGUAGAGGGGCACUGGCUCCUUGACGGAACCAACCAGACUCAGCAGACACCAAGCAAGACAGGCACGACUAAGACGGAGUGAGGUACGGUCAGUGAAACAGCUGAAAAAACCCAGCUCUACAAAUAAACAUAACGCUUUGCUUUUCACUGCUGAAAACAAGGGUGUGUUGAUGUUCAAGAAGUGUCCAGAAAGGGUCAGAAGGUUCACGCUGGUUAGCUACGCUGGUACAGCUUCUAGAUGACAGAUUUCAGGAUGAGAAUGAGAUUGUACACUACAAAGUAAGUCAGGACUUCAGAUUGCCACGCCCUUCAAAAAUUGCUCAGAACUAAGGUUCUGUUUUGAGCUACAUCUGAAUUUUUAAGCACAGGCUGAGUAUAACUUGGAAACAAUGGAGCAUCUUCCACAGACAAAAGGCAAGGGAGUCUUAAUGUUUGCCAAGAGGCGUCAAAGGAUGGAUGAGCUUUCUGUGGAACAAGAGGAAAUGAAAAGAAAAGGCAUACCAGUGGAUGCAAUUGUGGAACCAGUAGGUGAAAUUGUAAAGCAUCCUCCACAAGAAGAAAGUACACAAGCCCCACAAGAUGUCUAUGAAAGACAACAACAGCAGUAUCAAGAGCAGCCAGUUCAGCAACAGAUGUUGCUACAGUCAGCAAAUGGUAUGAAUGGUCUGGAUCCAUACCAAGGUUUGGCUGUUCCCAGACCCCUUGUUCCCAACAGAACUGCUAAGCCCUUCCUUGGUGGUCAUAAUCAAGGCAAAAAAACUUUUUCACCAGUCAGAGGUGUCUCAAGCCCAACACCUAAGAAACCUGAAAACAUAUUCAAAGUUACUGUUCCGGUAAACACCACCCCACAGGUUUGGUCCCCCACAUCAGACAUCAUUGCUUCACGUGAUGAACGUAUUGCUAUACCUGCAAUUAAAACAGGGAUUCUGCCAGAAACUAAAAGGAGAGGAGCAAGCAAGACAGACUUGAAAGAAAUGCCCCUGCUUCAAAAGAAAGGAGAUCAGAAGUCCUUAACAGAGUCAUUUCCAGAAGAGGACUUUCUCAGUCUUGGUGCUGAAGCAUGCAAUUUCAUGCAAGCUCCAACAAUCAAGCAGAAAAACCCUCCACCUGUCCUACCCAAACCUGUUAUCAACCCAGCUCGCCCUCCCUGGGCUGCAGAGGGCCAUGCCAUCUCUAGGAGUCCCCUUGCAGCAUCAAGCUCAGUUCCAGUUAUGGGGCAUGCCCAGGUGCAGGCAAUACCCCAACCAAACCCACCAAAGCUACAGCCUGCAGGAAGAGCCCGGCCCUUAUUGUCAACUCAGCCAAUAUCACAGCAGGCAUCACCUGCUUGGGUUCCAUCCCACUCACCAGAUCUGCAUCAAUCAGCCUGGACUCCACAACCACAUCAGGCCCAACAUAAAUCAGAUUCACUCCAUGCUGGUCCUUCCCAGUCUAAAACAUCAUGGAUUAGGUCACAAAAGGACGGUAACUCUGUUGCUUCCUGUCCACCCCAACACCUGGGCACAUACGUUCAUACAUCUAAGGCUCCAUCAGCUUCUCCUAAAGGGUAUUCAUCAGAUGCAGGUGCUUCUGAGGGGCUGAACCUUAAAGGAAAAGGAGCUGAACUGUUUGCUCGGAGACAGUCCCGUAUGGAAAAAUUUGUGGUGGACGAUGAGACUGUGCGAGCCAACAAGGCCAGAUCCUCAUCGCCAACACUUUCAAUGCCAAGCACUUGGAAAUACUCUUCUAAUGUCCGUGCCCCACCUCCAGUGUCCUACAAUCCUAUUUUGUCCCCCUUUUAUCCCCUUGCAGCAGUUAAACAACCCCCUCCUGCAACUAGUCCAAAGAUAAAGCCUAAAACAAACAAAGAGAAGAUGAAUCCACCACCCAAACAUCUCAAUGUUCUGGACGUCAUGAAACAUCAGCCUUACCAACUGAAUUCCUCGCUUUUUACCUACAAUUCCACUCUAGAGGCUAAGGAAACAGUUUCCCCUAAAGAGUCUAAGCAAACUUCUAAUCAAACCCCUACCAGUUUUCAGACCCAGUCCGUCACUCAUGAGGCAUCUACAACAUUCUCUCCAUCCCCAAAUAGUUUUUCCAAAAGUACACAGCCAGUUCUAAAGCCAUCUAAAGCCACUGGAGAGGGAUUCAGCAGGAGCCGUUCCUUGUCUUUUCCUCAGAGACUGUCCUCUGUGUCUCCCGCUUACCCUGUGUCCACCUCAGGUGUCCAUCCAACACGCGAAUCACUGAAUAGGCAAUAUUCUUGGGUGGAGCAUCCCAAAAAAACACUCUCUUCUAUGGAGGCAGUUGCUCAAAGGCCUUUUGUUCUCGAUGAGGUCAAAAAGUCUGCUGCUCAUAGAAAAUCACUACCAGAAACACCAGCAGAAUGGAAGCAAAGAGUGUCCUACGAGUUAGUUGAUGGCCCACAUGAGAUGGCGCCUGUAAUAGCGGUUACAUCCCCUACUAGCAGCUUUUCUUCGGUGCCAAAAGAACCAAUUGUAUAUGGGCCUCCUUUCCGUACCUCACAACUGGUGACCAGCAACAGGUACAGCAGGGGUAGUUCGCUGCCAAGUAAUCUCACACUUCACACAAACUAUCCACAAUCGUAUAGAGUCAGUUGGAAACUGUAAUCAAAAUAGUUUUGUGAUUGAUCAAAUUAAAUCAUAGAAUGGUUAUUACAAAAAGGGGCUUUAUGAGUUGAUAUUUGAAUUGAUUCAUUUUGUAAUUACAGGAGUUUUAGGAAAUUGUUAUUCGGUAAAGACAGUUGUUAAGAGGAAAAAUAUGAAAUUUGUUCUUUUGUUCACUACUACACUCUGUAUAAUAUUGGUGUGCAAUUACCUUUGAAUUACAAAUGAAAUCGUUUUUGUUGCUGUUGGCAGUGGGCAGAGAAAUAAGUGGACAAAACCAAAUUUUGUUUUUGUUUUAUAAUAGUAAGAAUCAUCAUCAUCAAUACAGGACACAGGUUUUAGUGACUUGCAAAACCUAAAUUAAGCAGGAUUGUGUGCAGUGAGAACAAAUUCAUUGUUAGCAGGCAAUGUGUGGACCUUACUCAGAGUAAAAUCUGAUUUGGGUGGGUGUGGAAUGAAACUCACAGUAGUGAGAAAUAUGUUGUCAGUUUAAAGUAUGUUGUAGGCCUAGCAUUCUAGCAAGUUUCAUUUUUUUAAUCUAAUAGGGUAAGCAAUUUCAGAGUGGCUAAAUAGCAAGUUAGCUUUGAAAGCAUGAGAUCCCACCCUCCUUUCUGAACACUCUCCAAAGCCACACCUCCUCUAAAAGUCAUGAAUGCAUAGAGCAGUUUCUGCAAAGAAUCACGAGACAAGAGACGGCGUUAAAUUAAAGCACAUAACUUUACAAUAAUAAUGAAUGUAACAACAUACAGAGCUCUAAAGUUGUACCACCUGACUGCUGCAGAAUUAUUUCGGCUUUGAUAGUGUUGACAUAGAAACGCAUAAAUUCUAGUCUGAGGACGUGAACAUCUCCGGGCAGAACAUCAAGGGUUGCCAUCUCGUAAUUACAGUUACGACAUGGCGAGAAAGCAGCAUAAGCUCAUUGUUUUGGUUAAGAAGGAACUGUAAAAUGUGGCUGCUGUUUGUUCACAGCGCCCGGUUACUGUCUGUGUAAAACUCUGCAUAGCCUUACGGAAUGCGCUCAUGAUGUGUGAUCCUACGCGAAAAGGGUUAGCGGAGGUAUGGAAAUACACUGCUCAAAAAAAAUGGAAGGGAACACUUUUUAAUCAGAGAAUAGCAUCAAGUCAGUUAAACUCCUGGGAUAUUGAUCUGGUCAGUUAAGUAGCAGAGGGGGUUGUUAAUCAGUUUCAGCUGCUUUGGUGUUAAUGAAAUUAACAACAGGUGCACUAGAUGGGCAACAAUGAGACGACCCCCAAAACAGGAAUGGUUUUACAGGUGGAGGCCACUGACAUCUUUUUCCCUACUCAUCUUUUCUGACUGUUUUUCACUAGCUAUGGUCAGUGUCACUACUGGUAGCAUGAAGCGAAACCUGGACCCUACAGAGGUUGUACAGGCAGGCCAACUCCUCCAGGAUGGCACAUCAAUACGUGCCAUUGCCAGAAGUUUUGCUGUGUCUCCCAGCACAGUCUCAAGAGCAUGGAGGAGAUUCCAGGAGACAGGCAGUUACUCUAGGAGAGCUGUACAGGGCCGUAGAAGGUCCUUAUCACAGAGUAUUGUGAUGAUAUUUUUCCCCAUUGAGAUCUGAUAAGUUUUUAAAGUGUUCCUUUAAUUUUUUUGAGCAGUGUAUAUGUUGACAGGCAGGUAGGACAUUGUAUCAUUUCAUUCGAACCAAAUGCAAUGAUAGGACGAACAUUUCUUUGUCCUGAGACUUCCACAGAGGAUAUAUGUGUUUUAAUAUUUAGACCACUUCUAUUAUUCAUUGCUAUCAGGAUGUGAAGAGAGUUUGAACCAGUUUAACAAAAACUGUUUAUAAAACAAAUUGCCUAAACUACCUUUAAUAUUAUUAAAUAACCGAAGUAAUUUUAAAUUAUCUUGUGGCGUAUCUUAACUGCUGGACUGGAUUAUUUGUUAAAAAGCACUCAUUACAUCAUGUACAUUACAUCUUUUACACUAUGAAUGAGCACAAAAGGAGUGAAAGUCACUUUUUUUCAGUGGAGUUAAUAUUAUGUUAGAUUACUUUAAUUUGUACUUAAAGAGGAAAUUCUUUUCCACAGUAUGUGUGUAUGUGUUUUCUGUGAAAUAUAUAUCAGAUUUUGGCUCGACUUCUGUCUUGUACAAUUAAUCUAUUUAGUUGUGACAAAUGCCGUUAGUAUGCAACAAAGAUUAAUCUGAAUUACUGAAUUAUUUAGAUCUCACAUUGCAAACACAAGUUCAUGACAAGCCUUCAAAACAACAUUUUAAAAUGUUUAAAUAAAAGAGUAUUCAGACUUUGUUGAAAAUUGUGGAAGUGUGGUGAUUUCACUGUUAUUCUUAACAGUCUUUGAUUACUGUAUGUCUUUAUCUCUGAUAGUGAGGCCAGCAGGGGGUGCUCACCCUGUGAUCUGUGUGGGUCCUAACACGCUAUAUAAAUGUAACAAAUUAUAAUUAUUAUUAUAUAUAGUUGAACACGUGUUGAAUAUUUAUAAUUAUAUUUCUGGCUGAUUUAGUAAAAUAAAAAUUUACAUAGAUGUGAAAGCAUGCCAAGCUGCAUUGCUGUUUAUGGUGUUCACAGACAAAGCUAUGAACAUCUUAAUAUGUCAGUUGUAAAAAUCAAAACAUUUCAAGACAUUUAAAGGGUUAGUUCAAAAAUGAAAAAAAUGUCAUCAGUUACUCACUCUCAUGUCAUUCCAAACCCAUAAGACUUUCAUUCAUCUUCGAAACACAAAUGAACAUGUUUUAAAUGAAAUCUCUAUGCUGCGUCCCAAUUCACCUGUACUAUACCCUAAAACUAUACUGUUUUUGUGAAGAAAAAGUACAUACUUUUGAGUGUGUAGCAGAAGAGUAGGCAAGCUUUGGCACUUAUACUUCAUCAUAAUAAUCUUUAACGCAUGCUCUGUCGCUUAGUUACAUGCAUCCUGUCACCAUUUAAAUUGCCCUGUCAUCAUCUUGUCAUCAUCAUCAUCUUGUCACAGUUAAAAUCCUCCAACUUCAAUUUAAUUUAAUUUACUACCAUUUAGGAGAGAAAUAUAGUAGCAGGUUGAUCUGACAGUAUAUAAUGCAUAAUAAUGCAUUUAAAAGUUAAUGACCGAAUGUAUCUUUAUAAAAGUUCACAAUGCUGUUGCAGAUUAAAUAUAAUGUGGAUAACACUAAAUAAAUACAUUUUCGUCAGGUUAGAUGUUGAUUAUUAAUCACUCAAACCCCUUUAUCUAAAUUGCUCUACUGCUAUGUAAUGGGCCCAAGUCUCUGUCCUGGAACCCCGAAGCCACUUCAGCAUUCAACCAACUGAAGACAGCCUUCUGUACAGCUCCUAUCCUGACUCAUCCAGAUCCAGAACUCCCCUUCAUCGUCGAGGUCGACACCUCCAUCACCGGGUAGGAGCUGUACUCUCCCAGCGGCAGGGUGAGCCUCCCAAACUCCAUCCAUGAUGGAGGAUAACUAUGAUAUUGGGAAUCGAGAACUGCUGGCUAUCAAAACUGGCCUUAGAAGAAUGGCGUCACUGGCUGAAGGGAUCCAAACACCCCUUUGAGGUCAUCACUGAUCACAGAAAUCUUGAAUACCUUUGUGAAGCCAAAAGACUUAACACCCGUAAAGCACGCUGGACUCUCUUCUUCACUCGAUUCAAUUUCACUGUUACAUACCGACCUGGUGACAAGAACCAGAGAGCUGAUGCCCUUUCACGUCUUCAUCGUCUGAAAUUGUCUCCACACCUACAGAACCCAUACUCCCUCCAGCCAUAAUUGUCAGUCCUAUACAGUGGUCCAGCGAUGAACAAAUAGCCGAAGCCACGCAGUCUGAGCCAGCUCCGCUGGGAGGUCCUGAGAGGCAGACCGAUGUUCCCACUCGUCUUUGUCUGUCCCUCAUGGACUGAGUUCACACAUUUCUGGGAUCUGGACACCCAGGCAGCCAGCAGACCCUCUCGCUAAACACCAACCGUUACUGGUGGCCCGAUAUUGCCCAGGAGCUCAGUCUGCGCUAUUUCAAAAGUCCCACGUCAUCUUCCUGAGGGUAAACUGUUGCCACUCCCAGUUCUCAGUCAACCAUGGUUGACUUCCUUAUUGAUUUGCCACCUUCCAACUCACACACAGGCAUCCUCGUCAUCGAUGGAGAGCGAGAGGGUCUCGGACUUAGCUCACAUCCACCUAUAGAGGGCAGUUCAUAGACAAAAGAGUCAGGCCAACACUAGAAGAACAGCGACACCCCAAUACCAUCCUGGGCAGAAGGUCUGGCUUUCAACCAGGGACAUCCAUCUACCACCAUCCAGAGGCAGAUCAACAAUGUCACCUACAGGCUAAACCUUCCUCCUUACUCCUCAUUACACCUUCUUUCCAUGUGUCACUCCUCAAGCCCUUCACUAACCCUCUGAUUCCUUCUUCCUCAGGGUCUGGUGCUGAUGACAUACUUUCUCCUCCUCCAGUGGAACCUGCGGAUGAAAACAUCUAUAAAGUCAACACCAUCCUGGACUCCUGACGAUGGGGCGGCCUAUUCGAAUACCUCGUUGACUGGGAGGGGUUCGGGCCGGAGGAAAGAUCCUGGAUCGCUCGUGACGAUAUCCUGGACCCAGCACUGCUAGAGGAAUUCCAUUCCAAUCAUCCCAAUCGCCCCACACCCAGAGCCAGAGGCCCUCCCCGUCGUCAUCCGUCACGGUCAUUAAGAGCUGCUCCAAAUCACCUGACUACUGAUCAGCACCACCUGCACUCAAUCACCAUCACAGUCACUAUUUAAACCCAUGCGCCUCAGUUCUACCUUGUCUUGUCUCAUCAUUCUACACCAGGGGUUCCCAAACACGUUCCUGGAGCCUCCCCAACACUGCACAUUUUGCAUGUCUCCUUUGUCUGACACACCCAUUUCAGGUCUUGGAGUCUCAACUAAUGAGCUGAUGAUCUGAAUCAGUGUUUGAUUGUUGUGUUUGAUUAAGGAGACAUGGAAAACAUGUUUGGGAACCCUGUUCUACACUGAACGCUUACCCGACUACCUACCUGUGGAUACUUACCUGUUACAAUCCAGUUUCGAACUGUCCAGUCUUCAGUCCUUCUUCCGUCUUCAGCAUCAGAGCAUCUCCCAGCCAUCCAGUUCACCAGUCUUCUCUACACACCAUCUGCAAAAGAUAAGAACUGUCACUUCACUGCCAGUAUCACUAUAUUGAUCUACCACCCAGUUACUCACCUUGUUCUUCCCUGGUGUUUCAAUAAACUCUGUUUCGUUA